CUCAUUUCCCAGCUCUUCUGCGUCGUUCUCUUCUCCCCUCUUCCUCUCCAAACAAACAUUUUCUCUUCCUCUUCUUCACACACAAAAACUCUCUCCCCCAAAACCAACCAUCAUCAUGAGCGCUGCAUUCACCAAGGCCGCUGAGGACUCCAAGAAGUUGCUCGCCAAGCCCUCCAACGACGAGCUUCUCGAGCUCUACGGUCUCUUCAAGGUCGGCAACAGUGAAGACAUCUCCAAGGCUCCCGCCCCCGGCAUGUUCGACAUGAAGGGCAAGGCUAAGAAGGCUGCCUGGCAAAAGGUUGUCGAUGAGGGCAUCUCCGCUGAGGCUGCCCAGGAGCGCUACGUCCAGCUCGUCGAGACCCUCAAGGCCAAGCACGGUUUCGAUGAGAACAAGGUCCCUGAGGCCGUCGGCAACUAGAGCAUGUUCGCAGUCUCCAAUAUAAACGUUGAUUCUCUUAUUCUCAGUCCGUCAGCCGUGAUCCGGUUCGACUAAAGACGUCAGACCCAAGACGGAGGCUGGUGGAUGUUAUUAUAUGUAACGAAGAUCAUGUCGAGCAUAGAAUAUAUAUAUAUAUAUAUGUAUAUGAGUAUCUUGGCCAUGCGUGCUACGGUCAGUGCACAAAGUAAUGCCGAGUAUUGAGACUUCACAACUUGGACCAAACUAUUUUUGAUCACGGGACAUAAUUCUGCCUUUUUUUUGUAAACCGCCGGACGAUCGCUGUUUCACGCUUAGUCGAGUCUGAGAUCCCCAAGGGGCGAGGGGUAGUCUCAGAUAUCGAGGAAUGCAACCACCACGUGGACAAGCGUGUGAGGCAGACACGACAUAGAUAGACAUUUAUUGCGCGUUACAUUCCAUCAAGUCAACAUCGCGCUUCAUUGUUGUGGUGCAUGCCAGGGCACAAUCAACCAGACCACCAAGUCGGUAGUAGCGACGGUAACAAUGUUUAUUUGUUGCGGCGGCAAAGCGGCUCGCGGCAUCGGCCGGCGAUCCGAUUGACUUCAAUGGGCGGCGAUGCUAGAGAUACCAAUAUUCCAUAUAGAGACGACUAUCGAGAAAUAUAUUGCACAUUAGAUUGAACACACAGACACAUGUUUUGGGAUGAUAGAAUGCAGUGCAACAGUUGACUUGAUUCAUCGACCUAUUACGGUUUCCAGAUCGAAGCGUAAAAUCAAAUAAAUACGUUUGGAUGUGAAAAUGUACAGUUUCCGAGUGUGUCAAACCUCACUCAGCUAGGCCUCCAGCGCACAUGCUCAUCUCCUCCAUGUUCCAUCCCAAGCAAAGAAAAAAUCAACACAAAGUUAUAUAGCAAAAAAAGUAGUAAGGCGCACCAAACCAGACGAACCCUCGUCAAAGGGCCCGUAAAAAGAGAAGGGGAAUCAUCACGCAAAAUAGAUUGUGCCAGAAAUUGGAACCACAAACACGACAGCUGCUUCGAAAGAGGAUAAAAGCCAAAUUGUUAAGUCUCCUGGACCAUUGAAAUCAACAGAGGGGGGUCAAAUUGCCUGCCAAUUCAUAAACUCAUAAACUCGUGGGUGCGCUGUGCUGUUGCUUGCCUUGUGCUUUGUGCCACCUUGCCAACCGACGCCUCCACAGUCAAGGAGCUUGGUUGGUUAGGAGUUUACAGAAGGGCAACGAAGCCGGCAGCGACGAGGACGAGAGCGCUGACGCCAGUAGCGGCGGCACCAGAGCCGGCGGUGACAACAGCGGGCUUAGAGGGGACGACAGCAGGCAUGGUGGGAACAGCAGUGGUGACGGUGCUGUUGGAGGGGGUCCAGGCGGUGCUGUGGCCAGUGCUGGCAGACUCGGGGCAGUAAGUGGUGGUCAGGUUCUUGACGUCAGUGACGGUAGCAGCGGGGGUGCUGGAAGGAGCAGGAGUGCUGGUGCUGAGAGGACCGGUCUUGAGGCCGCCCUUGAUGGUGUAGGCAGCGGCGCAAGCGGCGAGGUCCAUGCCGUUGGGGCAGCACCAGGUCUUGAGGGCAGUGUCGUGAGUGCAGUAGUAGCCCUCGUCGCAAGAGUUGCCGGAGCCGUCAGUGCAGCAAGCCUGCUUAGUCUCGGGGGUGUAGCCAGCAGAGUCGCGGCGCAUGAGGCUCAGGCCGGGCAUGGCAGCGAGCAUGUAGGGCUGGGGCUCAGCGACAGCGUUGGCGGCAAAAGCCAGGACGGCGGCAGCGGUGGCAGUGGUGAAGUGCAUUUUGAUGGAUUUGUUUUGAUUUUCGGCGAGGAAAAGAGAGAUUGUUGGAUUCGUAAACGAAAGGUGCUUAAAAGCGACGGCAAGCCGAUUGAACGAUUGUGUUUAUUGAAGGAAUGGAACGAGUAUUGAAGAAUACUCUAGAGUCGCGCGAAAGCGGAAACGGCAGCGAGCCUUCGAAGACGAAGUUUGCGAUUGGAAGUGAAGGUUUGGUGAUGCAGAGGCAAAAACGAGGAAACGGG